GGCUUUAAGCAAUUAGCAAACAUCACAGCCCAUCUCUUACAGCAUGGCUUCUUCUGCGACUGUAUCAGUAAUUUUUCUUCUUAGCUCUCUCAUGGUUGUUACCUUCGCUGGUAAUUUGAACAAUGAGUUUGACAUAACAUGGGGGGACGGUCGAGGGAAGAUGGUCAACAAUGGUGAACUUCUCACUCUCUCACUCGACAAGGCAUCAGGCUCAGGUUUUCAAUCGAAGAAUGAGUAUCUCUUCGGUAAGAUCGACAUGCAGCUCAAGCUCGUCCCUGGAAACUCUGCUGGCACCGUUACUGCCUAUUAUUUAUCUUCAAAAGGAUCAAACUGGGAUGAGAUAGACUUUGAAUUUCUGGGAAACCUGAGUGGCGAUCCUUACAUUCUUCACACCAACGUGUUCAGCCAGGGAAAAGGAAACAGAGAGCAACAGUUCUAUCUCUGGUUUGACCCAACCGCAGAUUUCCACACUUACUCCAUCCUGUGGAACCCCCAAAGGAUCAUAUUCUCCGUGGAUGGAACUCCCAUCAGAGAGUUCAAGAACUCAGAGUCCGUUGGUGUGCCAUUCCCCAAGAACCAGCCAAUGAGGAUAUACUCAAGCCUGUGGAAUGCAGAUGACUGGGCAACAAGAGGCGGCCUCGUGAAGACGGAUUGGUCUCAGGCUCCCUUCACUGCUUCCUACAGAAACUUCAAAGCCGAUGCUUGCGUCUGGUCUUCUGGCAAAUCUUCCUGUGCUUCAUCUCCAACUUCAUCGUCCACCAAUUCUCCGUGGUUCUCACAAGAGCUUGACACAACUUCACAAGGGAGGCUGAGAUGGGUUCAGAAAAACUACAUGAUUUACAAUUACUGCACAGAUUCCAAGAGGUUUCCUCAGGGCCUUCCUCCAGAAUGCAGAACCUCCUAAGACAAAACACAGCAGCAACCCAACCGUUCAAUUUAUUAUUUUCAGUGACGAUUGCAGUAAUGUAUUGUUUGCGGAUGUGAAAAUUCUGGGUUCAAUUCUUUCAUUCAUUUCCAUUGCAGUCAUCAUUGUAAUCGAAUGGUGACAUAAAUGGCUAUUCUUUAUUAUGUAAAAUAUAUCAGUUUCGUAAUAAAAUGAUGCCAUUCUCUAUUA